AUGCCUUCCUAUUCUUCAUCGUCAUCAUCCUUCUCAAAAUCAAAAUCGAAACCGCAAUGGAGAAACGAUGUGUUCAUUAAUUUCCGGGGGGAAGACACUCGUAGGAAUUUCGUUUCCCAUCUCUAUUCUGCCCUCAUAGAGAGUGGAGUCAACGCUUUUCUGGACGAUGAGAAGCUUGCCAAGGGAGAAGAGCAGAAAUCUGAACUGUUGCAUGCGAUAGAAGGGUCUCAAAUAUCCAUCGUUGUUUUCUCCCGAAACUACAUUCACUCUACAUGGUGUCUGGAUGAACUCCUCAAAAUCAUGGAAUGCCAUGCUUUUAGAGGACAAGUGGUAUUGCCAGUAUUUUACGAUAUUGGGCCCUCAUUUUUACGUGACGCCCAAUAUAUUUCGUUCGAAGUCAUUUCUAACCAGCUGAACAGGAUAAAACCAUGGAAGAAAGCACUGUCACAAGCAGCAAAUUUAGCAGGUUGGGAUAUGAGAAAUUACAGAAGUGACAAUGAUGUUAUGAAGGAAAUUGUUGGUGAAGUUUUGAAAAGACUGGAUAAAACAUACUUGUCUAUCACAAAAUUUCCAGUUGGACUAGAAUCCCGUCUGCAGCAUGACAGAGGCUAUGUCACAGAGAUACUUAAUGGUUGUGGCCUUCACGCUGAUAUUGGAAUAACAGUCCUGGUAGAAAGGAGCCUCAUCAAAGUUGAAAAGAAUAACAAACUUGGAAUUCAUCAUUUACUACGUGACAUGGGAAGAGAAAUUGUUCGUCAGAGUUCACCACUACCACAAAGGCGCAGCCGAUUGUGGCUUCAUAAUCACGUACUUGAUAUAUUGACAGAACAUACCCGCACUCCUGCUGGAACAGAAGCUAUUGAGGGAUUAGCUUUGAAAUUGCAGAGAACUAGCAGAGUUCGCUUCAGUGCCGAAACAUUUGAGGAAAUGAAAAGACUGAGGCUUUUGCAAUUUGAUCAUGUCCAACUUGCUGGGGAUUAUGGGCAUCUUUCCAAACACUUGAGAUGGGUCUAUUGGAGAGGAUUUUCAUCAAAAUUCAUACCUGAUAACUUUUAUCAGGGAAACGUAGUUGCUAUUGACAUGAAACACAGUAAUCUUAAGCUAGUUUGGAAGGAGCCCCUACACCCGUUGCUGGAAGGGCUAAAGUUCCUCAAUCUUAGUCAUUCCAAAUUCUUAUCAAAGACCCCUAACUUUUCAAACCUACCAAAUCUUGAGAGACUCAUUCUAAAAGAUUGUCCAAGCUUGUCUGAGGUGCACCAUUCCAUUGGUGAUCUGCGUAAUCUUCUUUAUUUAAAUUUGAAGGACUGUACAUGCCUUCAGAAUCUCCCAGUAAUAAUCUAUAAGUUGAAGUCUUUGAAAGUACUCAUCCUUUCUGGUUGUUCCAAGAUCGACAAGUUAGAAGAAGACAUAGUACAAAUGGAAUCCUUAACAACUCUAAUUGCACACAAUACUAGCCUAAAACAAGUUCCCUUUUCUAUAGUAAGAUCCAAAAAGAUUGGAUAUCUAUCAUUUUGUGGAUAUGAAGGAUCAGCACGUGAUAUAUUUCCUUCUAUCAUAUGGUCUUGGAUGACACCAACAAGAGGCCUUGUAUCCUCUAUACAAUCAUUUGGGAGCACGUCAACAUCUUUAGUCUCUGUGUAUAUACAGGAUAACAAUUUGAGCAACCUAUUAUCAGAGGUUAGUGAAUUUCCAAAACUUCGAAGUAUUUGCGUGCAAUGUUACUCAGAUCUUCAACUAACUCAAAAAUUAAGAAUUGUGGAUGACUUCUGCAAUGUAAAUUUUGCAAUGGAAACAACAUAUGCAUCACAAAUUUCAGAAAGUUCUAUGGUAUCUCGGUUGAUUGGAAUGGGAAGUUACUACCAAGUCAUGGAUAUGCUUAACGAUAGCAUAUCAGAGGUUCCCUCUAUAUCUCUCUACUCUCAAGUCUUUUUCAUGAUACAGGUAAUGAAAACUCAUAGUUCCAGUGAUUUUGUCCUUCCAGGGGACAAUUAUCCUUAUUGGUUAGCCUAUACAGGGGAAGGAUAUUCAGUACCUUUCCAAGUACCUGAUGAUAGUGAUUGCCCGAUGAAGGGGAUGACUUUGUGUGCUAUUUGUUCGUCAACCCCUGAAAACAUGGCAACUGAAAGUCUUGCUAGUGUCUUCAUCUUUAAUUACACAAAGUACACCAUUCAGAUAUAUAAGCAAUCAACAACAAUGUCCUCUACUGAUGAAGAUUGGGCAGGCAUAAUAUCAAAUCUAGGACCUGGUGACAAUGUGGAGAUUUUUGUAUGUUUUGGGCAUGGAAUGACAGUUGAGAAGACAGGUGUCUAUCUAAUAUUUGGUCAGUCAGUUACAAGAAUGGAGCCAUCACCUGAAGUGAGUGCACCGCCAUCAGGUGACGGGAGUGUGCUAUCAUCACCUGAAGUGGAAAUGGAGCCAUCUCUUAAUGCCCAAAUGGAGCCAUCUCUUAAUGUCCAAAUGGAACUAUCAAAGAAGCCCAAGAAAGAUAUCUUUUCAAAAAGUGCAAAGAAAAUGAAAGCAUGUUUUUGCUUGAGUUAG